UUGCGCAAUUUGAUGAAUAGAGUCGCUGUCAAAAGCGUUGGAAAGAGAUGAAGGAAUGUUGAUAGAUGGUCGGCUGUGACAGAGAGGAGAGGAAGAGGAGCUGCGUCAUGUCUCCUCGCGGUUCCGUGUAACGCUGCUUCUUCAUCUCUGGAGCUGGAUGUCAGUGAGAGUUUGUCCAACUCUUACCGACACCGUGCCGCCCGUCCCGGGCUCAACGUUGAGCUGUUUUCCCUUUUUUUCCCGGAACGCUAUGCAGACCAGAACAAGUCUGAGUGUUGAAAAGCGGCGCGUGUCGAGCUUCUUUUGAACAUUUGUGCACCUUCUCAAAGUUCCCCGCAGGAGGAAAGCCUCGCGCUCGUGAAGGAGCCUGUGAGGGCCACAUCACAAUGGUGAACAGCCAGGCGUCAGGCGGGACGCCGGCCCCCAGGUCUUGUGCAGGAUGUGGGGGCAAGAUCGCCGACCGCUUCCUUCUCUUCUCCAUGGAGCGCUACUGGCACACUCGCUGUCUCAAGUGCUCCUGCUGCCAAGCCCAGCUGGGGGACAUUGGCACCACCUGCUACAGCAAAGGGGGCAUGAUUCUGUGUCGGAGCGACUACAUCAGGCUGUUCGGGCACAGCGGGGCGUGCAGCGCCUGCGGACAGUCGAUCCCAGCCAACGAGAUGGUGAUGAGGGCGCAGGGAAAUGUUUACCACCUCAAGUGUUUCAGCUGUGCCACCUGUAGAAACAGGCUGAUGCCAGGCGAUCGCUUCCAUUACAUCAACGGUACAAUCUUCUGUGAGCACGACAGACCCGGCGUCUUGCUCAACAGCCACCUGCCUCCACUUCAGAGCAACUCCGUGCUGACAGACCAGAAGGUGAACACCGGGGCAGUUGAUGUGCCGCUACAGAAUCAUCUGUACUUACAGCGCAGCACCCGUUGUCCUUAACGUCGCUGUGCUGUAACGUGAACAACAGAACAUGUGGAUAAAACCAAUGAAAUACAUAAUAUCAGAGGUCAUAUUGUCAUGAAUGAAGAACACACGGUAUAUAUGACUAUUGUAGGAGUCUGAAGAAACAACAGUAUAAAGAACAGGUCAUAGUUAAUGUCCACGACUCUGUGCUGUACUGUAGGUGCAGGUUUUUAUUUGUUUGAUUAAUAUUGGCUUUACCUUGACCGGCUUCAUUAAGAUACUAUACUCAUGUUAGUGUUUCAUUCUCUGUGUCCAUGUGGGGGCACUGAGGACACCAGACCAGCUGUGGGCUUAUACAUAGAGACCCUCGUGACUCUUCUCCCU